AUGUUCAAUUUAGAUGAGCUUGAAACUGAUGCAAGAUUGAGGAUACCAAUUAAUGAGCUUUGUUGUACUGUCAAACAAAUAGAGGAAGUUCAAAGAGCAUACUUGUUGAAUAGUCCUUGCCAACCUAAAGAUCAUAACUUUCCUUUCACUCCUUUCAGAGAUAAAAAGCAUAGGUUUACAUCAGAGUGGUACAAAGAAGGUUCAAGUUGGAUGGAAUAUAGUGUGGCAAAAGAUGCAAUCUUCUGUUUGAAUAAUUAUCUUUUCGAACCCAAUUAUGGUGACCAAGCAGGUGGUGAAGUUUUUGUGAAUAAGAGAUUUAAUAAUUGGAAAGAUAAAACAAAAGUGAAAAAACGUGUUGAUGACCAUUCUAGUACUAAUAACCAAUGUCAUGGAUUGGCAUUUCGUGGUCAUGAUGAGUUGGUUGAAUCUGAAAAUCAAGGUAACUUUAUGAAACUAUUGAAGUUUUUAUCCAAUCACAAUGACGACAUAAAGAAAGUUGUGCUGGGAAAUGCUUCGAAAAACCAUCAAAUGAUUGCCCCAAAAAUCCAGAGGCAGCUAACUAAUGUUUGUGCUCAUUUUACGACCAAGAAAAUUAUUGCAAAAAUUGUAAGAGAUAAACAACCAUUCUCUUUACUAGUUGAUAAAUCUCAUGAUGUGGCAGUGAAAGAACAAAUAGCUAUUGUUUUCCACUAUGUGGGUAAAAUAGGUUAUGUUAUUGAACGUUUUAUUGGGAUUGUGCAUGUUAAGAAUACUUCUGCAAAGUCUUUGAAAAUUGCAAUAGAUACCUUUUUUGUAAAGCAUGGAUUGAGUUUGACAAGUUUACGAAGGCAAGGUUACGAUAGAGCAAGCAAUAUGAGGGGUGAGUUCAAUGGUUUGAAGACUUUGAUAUUGAGAGAAAAUAAAUCAGCUUUCUACAUUCAUUGUUUCUCUCAUCAACUCCAACUGGCGCUAGACAAAGUUGUAAGUAAUCAUUCAGCAUUGGGUGAAUUUUUUCAAUCUCUUUCUAUGUUAUCAAACACUGUAGCGGCAUCUUGCAAGUGCGGAGAUCUUCUACGUGAUAAACAGAUGAAUAUGUGA